AUGUCGACAAAGAUACACGUAUUUGCAGUUGAGGGAAAUAUUGGUGCUGGCAAAACAACGUUCAUUGAUUUGCUUCGCAUGAAAUAUCCUGUUUUUGGGUAUUACUACGAAACGUUGCAGGAGUGGCAGAAUGUGAAAUCAACAGAUGGCUCUGACAUCAAUGUGUUCGAAAAGGCAAGCCGCAAGCCUAACAAGUAUGGUUUUCCGUUUCAGAUGAUAACGUUGACUUCGCAACUGAACAUCUUGACAUCUCUUCCUACUGCUGGUCAUCAGGUUGUCAUUGUUGAACGAAGUUACUUGAGCAACAGAAAUGUGUUCGCAAGGGCGUUGAGAGAUAAAAGGAAGAUCAACGAUACGGAAUGGGCUUGUUACGACUUCAUGCUCAACAAGUUGUUGCCAAAGAACUUCGAAUACAGCGGAUUCAUUUACCUGAAUACGAGUCCGCAGAAGUGCUUCGAACGCAUGUAUCUGAGAAAUAGAAGAGAGGAACGCAAUGUCUCAUUCAAAUACAUACGACGGUUGCAUGAUUACCAUAAUGAGUGGUUAAUGAAUCGAAACGACGUGCUAGUUCUCGACAAUGACAACUACAAGACAUGUGCGAAAGACUAUUCCUCAAUGUUGGAUGAAGUGCAGAAGUUCAUUUCUAUGACUGUUCGUGACGAAGAAAUUUCAAGAGGGAUUGUCGAGUGUACAAAGUGUGUCGAGAUUGGUCACGAAUCGGAGAAUUGUUUACAACAGAGUCGAAGGAAGGACAAAAGCACAUCUUACGAUGACAUUCCAGAGACCAUUGAUUGA